UUGAUCACGGUGGGUGAUCUUUUCGAUGUGUGUGUGUAUGCAGUUGGCAGAUCUGCAGGUGGCCUCGGCUCUGGGUGCGCUUGGGAGUGUGCGUUGUCCCAUGGCCUCCAGGGGGCCGCAGCAGGCAGCGGGACCAAGAGAGAGGUGCGCGCACGGCUUCCUGGAGGCAGAGGACGCAGGCGGCGCCCCACACUCCCGAGACCUGAAGCCUCGUGAGCGGGUGGAGGGCACUCGCGUGGGGCCUGCGGUCCUUGGGCCUGCCCGUGGGCCUCCCCAGACCCGGCAGGACCGACCAGCUAGCGCCGGCGGCUGGAGGCAGGAAGGGAGGCGGCGGCCGGUGCCCAGCGCGGUCCCCGAGCACCGUGCGGGUCUCAGCAAUGGUGCGGAGCGCCGCGAGCCCAGUGUCUGCCCGGCUGCGGUAGACCAAGUGGCCGCGGACGGGGUGGGGAGGCCAUGGAGACGGCCCCCAUCCCUCGCUGGCCGAGUUCGCCGGGCUGGCCUGAGGCUCAGGCUUCGCUCCAGGUCCCGGCGGCUGCUUGCCCCUAGAGAGUGGUGCCCGCGCUCCGGGUGGUCUAGCUUUCUGGUGGCUGCUUCUCCCUCCUCCCGGCCCUCGUGCCGGCGCUGCCUCCGGGUGCCCGGAGUGUGCGAGUGCGACACUCUGCAUCUCCACGGAGACCACUUUGUCACCAGCGGACAGACCUCGGCCCUUGAAAGCGAACCCGGAACAGCUGGAGAAUGUCCAGCCCGAGAUAGCUGAGAACGAAUGUCAACUCCAAGAAGCCUUUGAGAGGGAACUGACACUGAUUCUAACCAAUCCAACACCUAUCAAAAUACCUGAAGGAAAAUCCUGAAUCGAUCACUUUAGAGUCC